UGCUCGAGGGAAAUGCUUUUGAUUUUGGUGAGUUGGAACAAGGAAUGACUCGGCAGGCUAUUCUAUAUGAGGUUAAGGUGGUUAAUUGCAAUGGUGAGGAGAGGAUGACGGAUGGAGUGAGGCAACAUUGAUGUCGUCAUUAGAAAUGUCAUACAGUCCUGCAUGGCCUAGAGUUCUGCCACCCGGCAAAACAACCAUGUUUGCCAGUUUUGCCGGUCAUAACCAGAAGAACUGACCCUUGGCAAGUAGCUCUUCCCUCUACACUAGUUUCGGGACUGACCCCCCUUUACUGCCUGUGCAUAAAAGUGAAGGGAUAGCCUUCAGUUCGAUAACAAAGAACACCAUCCAGCCCUAUCCUGAAGUGUAACAACGAGGUUCAUCUCACUCGCUACUAUUAUUAUGUCUGCCGCAGUGUUGGCGGGCAUUGUUACAGCACAAGAUCCUACCGGCGGUUCAUGCAACCAGCCUGGACAGUAUGAGUGCGGACGAUCUGCAAGUUAUAACGGGAACAAUGCGUAUUUGUAUUUCUGUUUGUCGGACAACUUUGUCACGGAAGUUAAAAAUUGCAACUGUCCGCAGUGCUGUUACGUCGUCGGUGGAGGUUUAGGUCCCAAUGGAUCCAAAAGUUGCACAUAAUUAGAGGAGAAGGGGAGCCCGCGUCUUUCUUGCCGUAUCAUAGUGAUAAGUUACGAUUGUCUCCGUAGGGUGUAUAGAAAUAUCUUGUUGAGGCUCAAUGAUGCUGCCAGCAG